CAAAAUUCAUUUCACCAAGUUCUUCCUUGUAGUUGUAGAUAGGUGUGACCUGAUGCUGGGAAGGAAAUGGGUUUGAAUAAUAAUCGUAAGCAGAGCGCGUUUUGUCUGAAAUGGCCAUGGGAUGAAGCAAACCCUAAUCCUAACCCUAAACUCAGCCCCUGCAAGUUUGAGGGUCCAUGGGUAUUCAAGUCUCUCCAAAGUAUUGGAACAAUUGCUCUGCAUUUGGUGAUUUCAGUUUCAAAGUCUUCAAGUCCUCAAAGCAACCUGACAUGGAAUAAGAAGAAGAAACUAAGUGGGGCGGAGCAAGCGGAGGCAGAGCAGAGAGCGUUUGCAUCGGCUCUGGCGAGCGGGAAGGAGGCGACGGUGGUGGAGUUUUACUCGCCCAAGUGCAGGCUCUGCAAUUCCUUGGUUAAGUUUGUUUCGGAGGUGGAGGCCAGAAACUCUCAAUGGCUUAACAUUGUCAUGGCUGAUGCUGAGAAUCAGAAUUGGCUACCUGAGCUCCUUAAUUAUGAUGUUAGCUAUGUUCCCUGCUUCGUGCUUCUUGACAACAAUGGAAGGGCCUUGGCAAAGACGGGUGUCCCAAAUAGUCGUUUACAUGUUAUUGCGGGGCUCUCCCAUCUUCUCAAAAUGAAGCGGCCUCAACAAAAUAAUGGAUGA